GUGAAGUUACAUUAGUUUGUAAAGAUAUUUCUGUCAAGUAUGUUUAUAACUAAAAAUCGGUUGAAGUGAGAAUGUACAUUGUGGUAACCAUAAAGAGAUAACACUGAACAGUGAAUGACGUUGGGAAAAAUGAAAGUAAGUGUUGGUGUCAUUGCGUAUUACCAAUUGGUGCAAGUUUGUCAGUUAUUUGAUUGAACGACUACUAGAUGGAACAAGGAGCAGAGAAAUCCUUAAUUGAAGUGGAGAGGUGUGGUGUAUCUGAGAUGGGUGGUUCAGAUACUGUAAGUCGAGUGAGGAGGCUACUUUUUCGGCGAAUGUUGGUAGGAAUUAAAGAUGGGCGCUUUUUCUUGGGCACCUUCCACUGCAUGGACAAGCAAGGGAAUAUUAUUCUCCAAGAUACAGUAGAGUAUCGUAGCACCAGGCACUCCUCUCCUUCUCCAAUGGAACAACGGUGCCUUGGUCUCAUUCUCAUACCUUCAUCAUGUAGAACCUCGUGUCAUAUAGAUUGCUCCAUUGAUGAGAAAUUGUCUCUGCUAAAAGUUAACUAAUAAUAGUCUUAUGAAAAGAAUCGCACUUUAAACAAAAUCUGCUUUGGUGCAAGGAAUGAGGAAAUAUCAUCUAUGAUAGAAACUCUUGCUUUGAUGGCUGUGAGAAUCAAGAUUCUUUUUUCAUGCUCA